GAGGAGGAGGAGAAGGAGGAGGAGGAGGAGGAGGAGGAGGGGAAACGCGUGUUGCCCCCAGAGAAGACGAAGGGGCGAUCUCUCCUGACUUCCGCUUCCCCGGCGGGCCGCCCCCCGACGCAGCGGCCGCGGCAUGCGGGUUGGCGGGAGGAGCGAGGGGGGAUGCAGGAGGAGGAGAGGAGGAGGAGGCAAGGAGACAAGACGCCUGCAGGACGCCAGCUGGGUGCAGCCCCAGGCUGCUCGAGGCCGUGCCGCCGUGUUGCCGGCGCUGACGCCCCCUCGGCUCGGGCGGGCCCUUGCGCGUGCGCCCGUGGAGCAGUCCCCACAGGCGAGGAGGGGGCGGACGGCGGGGCCCAGCGCAGCGGCAUUUGUCUCUAUCUCGCGACGACCUCCACGUCCAGCUCGUCGCAGCCGCGGAAGUACCUCACCUCCAGCCCCAGGCUCCGCGGCCGACCGUGGCGCUGCCCCGGGCGGGCCCCGUGGAAGGCCGCGGCGCAGGGAGCCGGGCCAGAGCCGCCGCCGCAGCGCGAGGCGCCGCGGCCGCGCGAGGCAGUGGGCGCACCUGCCGGGAGCCGCGGUGCACCAAGAUGAAGUCGCGGCGGUCCCUGGCCCGCGCGCGCAGCAUCAGGGAGGGCACGUACGAGUACGUCACCUCCUCGCCUG